CCAUGAAGUAUAGAUUGAGUCGACAAAAUCUGAAAAUCUGAAAAAAAAUCUAAUCAGAUUCGAGAGAAAACAGUGAACGUGUUAAUUUAAGAACAAUAAAAUGCACUAAUUGUUGAUGAAUUAAUAAGAAAAAUGGACGCUGCGAACACACCCUCGGUUAAUGGCACUGACUGUAUGUUGAAAAGUGAAGCCGACGAUGAACUUUUCCACUCAAUCAUCGACUCUACUGUGGAUAAAAAUACUUUCAAUGCAGCCGAAGACGAAGAAGAGAAUGAAGAAGUUUUGCCUCAGAAUACCGAAAUCAAUAUGAAUAACGUUUCGGAAGUGUUGGAAAAUGUCAACGUUUGGGAGAAUAAUUCUAACGAUCACAAUGACGAAUCCAGAGACCAAUUCAUCGAUAUCGCAGUUACCGAGGCGAAUAAAAUCGGCGAAGGUAUGAGCGCUUAUGUAACGUACAAAGUCGAAACCAAAACCAAUAUCGGUAUAUUUCGCAAGAAGUCUAUGAGUGUUCAUCGUCGAUUCAGCGACUUCCUCGGAUUACACGAGAAAUUGGUCGAUAAACAUCUACGAUCUGGACGUAUUAUACCACCGGCUCCUGAAAAGAACGCUUUAGGAACUACUCGUGUUAAGAUGUCUAAUUCUCAAGCCGAUCAUAGUGGUGGUUCGACUGAGUUCUUGGAGAAACGAAGAGCGUCGUUGGAAAGAUAUCUAAAACGAACAGCUGCUCACCCUAUUCUUAAAAUAGAUCCAGAUUUCAGGGAAUUCUUAGAAUCCGAGGGCGAUCUUCCAAAAGCCACCAGCACAUCAGCAUUGAGCGGAGCCGGUGUCAAAAGGCUGUUCAACAAGUUCGGUGAAACAGUUAACAAAAUUACUUAUAAAAUGGAUGAAAGUGAACCAUGGUUCGAAGAGAAAUCCACAUUAUUGGAUAAUAUCGACUUGCAACUACGUAAAUUACACGGCUGCGUCGAGAUGCUAGUAUUCAAUCGUAAAGAUUUAGCAGUUUCUACUUCCCAAUUCGCUAAAGCUGCCGCUAUGCUAAGUAAUUGCGAAGAACACACUGGAUUAUCGAGGGCCUUAUCUCAACUAGCCGACGUCGAAGAAAAAAUCGAAAGCGUACACAACGAACAGGCUAAUUCUGAUUUUUCCAUUUUAUGCGAAUUAUUGAAAGAUUACAUCGCGCUUAUAGGCGCUGUCAAAGAGGCAUUCCACGAACGUGUAAAAGUUUACCAACAUUGGCAACAUUCUCAAAUGAUGUUGACGAAAAAGCGCGAGCAAAAGGCUAAAAUCGAAUUGACCGGACGUACAGAAAAAUUGGAACCAGCUUCGAACGAAGUCAUCGAAUGGGAAGCUAAAGUGGAACGUUGCGAGGAAGAAUUUCAAAAAAUCUCGAAAAUUAUUAAAUCCGAAUUCGAACAGUUUGAGAAGAAUCGCGUCAAGGAAUUCAAAGCGGUGGUUACCAGCUACUUGGAAGCUUUAGCCAAACACCAAGUUCAAGUUAUGAAACAUUGGGAAGCGUUUUUACCGGAAGCCAAAGCUAUUGUUUGAUUAAAUUUGAAAUGUUGAAGAUGUUUUGUUUAUUUUUUAUCUUAAUCGCAAUCUAAUUUUGCAUGUCCUUAUUGUAUCGUCAGUCCAUAUGUUAAAUAAUAUGUUUAUAUGUACUAUCGAAUGUUGCUUAAUGGAAAUUUGUCUAUUUACCAUUUGAAAAAUUAUCGUCAUUGUUAUUAUUAUUAUUUUUUUGUAUAAUAUCAAUUUCUUCGUAACAUUUUCAAAAAAUCGUUUCGCUUUUUUAAAUGUUGAAAGAACUGUUACGAAAUUAUCAAGUUUAAUUAAAUCAAAAAAAAAAAAAGUAGGCACUACGUCUUGCCAAAAACUGCGCAAAAUUUCCUUCUUGUUGUAGUAUUAUUGUUUUUUUUUUACAUCUGUAUUCUUUAAAUGGCUAUUUUCCAAGUUAUUUAUACUUAUAUUUUUUAUAUUCUAUGUUUUUUUUUCUAUUCGUUACAGGUAUUUUCUAUUUCUGUAUAUCAAAAAAAAAUCAUAAUCAGUCCAAAAAACCGAUUUUUCUUUUUAGUUAUCUCGUUUUAUUAUUAUUUAAAGAUGUGAUAAGUUGAUUUUUAUUAUUUUUGCUAAUAACGUUUUUAUUUCCCUUUUUUUCUCUUUUUUUUUUAUUCAUCAUACGGUUUUAACUUCACUACUAUUGUGCUUACUUUUAUGUAAUUUAUUUCCUCGAAAAUGUAUGUGAUAUUUGAUAUUUCCUAUAAUAUACAUUUGAGUAUUGUGAAUUUCGCUGUACAUACUUACGUUUAGUUUGGUUAGAUGAAAAGACCUUCGAAAAUUGGGUUAAAAUAUUAUCUAUUCGGAGCGAAUAUAAUGAAAGAAAUGAAUUCUACAAAACAUCCGAAUUGUUUUUUCAGAUUUAUAGCUCGAAGCAACGCGGCUGGUAUGAGUAAGCAUAUAUUAUAAAAACAAUCUGUUCAAACGAAUGCCUACGGUUCGCAUUCGUAUUCGUACACCUAGAAUACAAAGUAAAUAGAAUUACAAAGAAGUAACUACCGAAUGUGUGUAGUUUGCCAUUAAAGUCGCAAUUUUACGGUUCUGACAUCAAAAAUGAGCGUGUUAACUUUUACGUUUUUGAUAACUUUCGCAAUUAAAUAUGCUUUAUUGGCGGCGACUAUUAUGUUCGUGUUAGAAAAAUUACAAGAUAUGCCGAUGUUGGCGUUCCUCGUUAUUGGACUAAUUUUAUGGUUUUUCUUUACUAUUUUUUGAUGUUCGAGAAUUUUUUCUUUUUCGUGACCAGUGACGGUAAUUAGUGCAGUACUUGUUCGACGAUAAAGAGUUAUAAAAUGUGUUGGAACUGUUGGAAAAUGAAUCGUACUCGUAACUCGUAUUGGUGGAGAAUUUCGUUUAUUUUAGCCACUUUUAACCGUUACGCAGCUAUCGUCGUCGUUCGUCGUAGAACCGUAAUUGUUUUUCAAACAGAGCAAAAACUGCAGUCAAAUUCGAAUAUGAAAUGUAGCCAAGAAAUCAGGAGCCCUCAAGAUAACGUGUUCGAAUUCCAUGUACGAAAGUUUCCCAUCACCGUCGACGUCAGCUUCUUCGAUUACUUUUUCGGCUAUUUGAGUGAUUUCUUCGGAACUCAGUUCAUUUCGUGUUAAUAAGUGAGCUGCUUGUUCUAGAUCCGAUAAGCCUAUGUAACGAUCGCCGUCGAAAUCUGAAAAAAUAUAUAGUAUUUUGGUUUGA